UCCGCAGACAACAACAGCUCCUCCGCGGGUCCGGGUGAGAAUCUCAGUCCUUCACUCCUCCUCCUCCUCCUCCUCCUCCUGCUGCUCUUCCUGCUCUUCCUCCUCCGCUCCUGUCACAUCAUAUUCUCACUUUUAUUCGGGAUGCUGCCCAGCCAUGGGACAAAGGAAACAUCCAGCUUUCUAACAAAGAGCCAUAAAACCAACAUGGGAUCCUAAAUUUUAGUGGAACUUUUACCUUUUUGUUAUAUUUACAUGUUUAUUUUUUUUUUAACCUUGUAGGCUUUUUUAUUGUAAACAAAUCAAUGAACUGAUUAAUGAAGGAAGGGGAUGUUCUGUCAUUCAAAAAGACAGUUAAUGGAAAUGGGGAUGAAAACAUGCACGUAACUAGAGGGGUCCAGUCCCUCUGGCAGAGCAGCCCUUGCUCCAGCAUCCGGCCCCACAGCUGCUCCACCGUGUCCUCAUGUGGCACUAGUCCCUGACCGACCUGUCAGCACAGCCAGGAGCCGACUGAAGCUGAAAGUCCAGCCGGGGCCAUGACCUCGUCGGACAAUGAUGAAACCGGGAGCGAGCUGUCUGAGUCCCUGGAGAUCCGCGAGCUCCAGGACCAGUACACGGACCCCGAGAACUGCUUCAAGUCCAAAAGCUUACCCAUCCUGAAUGGACCAUGUCAGCCGGACCGCAAGGCAGCGGAGACCCGGCUGCUCAACACCACCCACACCUGUGUGGCCGUGGACGAGUCCGGCGAGCUCCAGCUGAAAACCCCAGACUCCAGCCAAGCAGAGUCCCCCUCCUCCAGGACAGACUUCUCUCCCUCCGUCUCCAGCAUGGUGGGGCUCAGCAGCUCUCUGCCGGUGGAGGGCCACAGGGCUGGGGGCAAAAAACUUGGCUUCCCUUUUACCUGCCUUAUCCGUAUCCCGGUCAGGAAGUAUGUGCGGGUCAUCCUGAGGGACUCGCGCUGCUUCCUGUUCUGCAUGUGCUACCUGACCUUCAUCCAGUCCCUGAUGGUUUCGGGCUACCUGAGCAGCGUCAUCACCACCAUUGAGAAACGUUACAGCCUCCGCAGCUCAGAGUCCGGCCUGCUGGUCAGCUGUUUCGACAUCGGCAGCUUGCUGGUGGUGGUCUUCAUCUCCUAUUUUGGCGGCAGAGGUCAGAGGCCGCGCUGGCUGGCUGUGGGUGGUGUGAUCAUCGCUAUAGGGGCCGCGAUGUUUUCCCUGCCCCACUUCAUCUCGCCACCCUACCAGAUCCAGGAGAUGAACUCAUCACUAGGUCACGGAGGCCUCUGUCAGAGCGGCAACAACAGCGGGCGAGAACUCGACGCGGCAUCGUGCCCCCGCGACCAGGAGGGCAACGAGCACAACCUGUACGUGGCUCUGUUCAUCUGCGCCCAGAUACUCAUAGGCAUGGGGUCCACGCCAAUCUACACCCUGGGGCCCACUUACCUGGAUGACAACGUGAAGAAAGAAAAUGCAUCUCUCUACCUGGCCAUCAUGUAUGUGAUGGGCGCCCUGGGACCUGCAGCUGGCUACCUGCUGGGUGGCGUCCUCAUCGGCUUCUACGUCGACCCCAAAACUGUCGUGAACAUCGACCAGAGUGACCCUCGCUUUGUUGGCAACUGGUGGAGUGGCUUUCUCCUGUGUUCCGUUGCCAUGCUGCUGGUCAUCUUCCCCAUGUUUGCCUUCCCCAAAAAGCUGCCUCCUCGCCACAAAAAGAGGAAGAAGAAAAAGAUCGGCUCGCCCGGUGACGUGUCCAGCGACGAUGACGUGAUGAAGGAGAAGUCCAGCAGCAAAGGCCAGAAAGUCACCUCCUCCAUGGGCUUUGGGAAGGACAUCAAAGACCUCCCCAAGGCAGCACUGAGGAUCCUCAGCAACGUGACCUUCCUGUUCGUCAGCCUGUCCUACACGGCAGAGUGUGCCAUCGUCACCGCCUUCAUCACCUUCAUUCCAAAGUUUAUCGAGUCUCAGUUUGGCAUCCCCGCCUCCAACGCCAGCAUCUACACCGGUCUGAUCAUUGUACCCAGCGCCGGCGUGGGCAUCGUGCUGGGGGGCUACAUCAUCAAGAAGCUGAAGCUCGGAGCCAGAGAGUCGGCCAAGCUGGCCAUGAUCUGCAGCGGGGUGUCCCUGCUCUGCUUCUCCACGCUCUUCAUAGUGGGCUGCGAGAGCAUCAACCUGGGAGGCAUCAACAUACCGUACACCACUGGGCCGACCCUGACGAUGACCCACAGGAACCUGACGGGAAGCUGCAACGUGAACUGUGGCUGCAGGAUCCACGAGUACGCUCCUGUCUGCGGCUCCGACGGCAUCACCUACUUCAACCCCUGUCUGGCUGGAUGCAGCACCGUGGGCAAUGAAACCACCGGGAUCAGAAACUACACGGACUGCGGCUGCGUGCAGAGCCGGCAGGUCAUCACGCCGUCCUCCGGCGGGCAGGUCAACCAGCUGCAGCUGGUCAUCGUCAAAACGUACCUGAACGAGAAUGGCUACGCCGUGUCGGGGAAGUGCGACCGCACCUGCAACACGCUCAUCCCUUUCCUCAUCUUCCUCUUCAUCGUCACGCUCAUCACCGCCUGUGCCCAGCCCUCCGCCAUCAUCGUCACACUCAGGUCUGUUGAUGAGCAGGAGAGGCCUUUUGCUCUUGGGAUGCAGUUUGUCCUGCUCCGAACUCUUGCCUACAUCCCCACGCCCAUCUACUUCGGCGCUGUGAUCGACACCACCUGCAUGCUGUGGCAGCAGGACUGCGGCGUGCACGGCUCCUGCUGGGAGUACGACGUCACCUCCUUCCGCUUCGUCUACUUUGGCCUGGCCGCCAGCCUCAAGUUCGUCGGCUUCAUCUUCAUCUUCCUCACCUGGUACUCGAUCAAGCACAAGGAGGACCUGGCCGAGCGCUGGCGCCAGCACCUGCCUCCGCUGGGCACCGUCAGCGACCUCAUCUGCCACGCCGGCGGCCAGAAGAGCCACGCCCGCACCCGCUCCUGCCCCGUGUUCAUCCCGCCUCGGCCCGACCCUCCGACCGCCCUGCUGCUCAACCGCGGCCACAGCAGCCUCAGUUGCCCCGGCAAUGCCCUCAAAGCAAUAACCCCGCCCAUCAUCUUGCCACACCACCACAAAGGCUCCGCCCGUGUCUGAGAGCAUGCCAAGCCUCCCUGCGGGGGGGGGGGGGUUCAUAGUGACAUGUGCCUUCCUGUUUAGUGUCUCUGCAUCCUUCCCUGUCUGCUCUACACCAAUCAGACACAAGGGCGGCGCUCCAGCGCUGCUGCAGGACCGACAGGCGGAGACGCAGGCCCGCCCACCAAACGUAAAGGGCUGCUCAUCGCCGUGUAUGAUAACAGGAAACUGACAGGUUCCCUCUGAGCAGAUCAUCAGACGGUCACACGUCCACUUCAAGGACGGACGGAGGACGCAAAGACAUCACAUGGUGCUACUGUGAAAGGGCGGGGCAUUCAAACCUCAGUCACAUGACCAACACGGCGUCUAAAGCACAACAGACAAACCUGUACUAUGCAACAUCCUGUGUACAGCUCGUCCUCCUCAGUACUGUACAGCUCCCUCUGUAUCCGUACCUCUUUCUUCUUCUUCUUCUUCUUCUUCUUCUUCUUCUUCUUCUUACUUCACUUCAUCACCUCAUCAUCUCCUCACUGUCUGAACUGGGAACAUAUCAGACCCUCCCUCUCUUGUAUUUGAGCCAUUCCUGGUUUGUCCGGUGAACACACGCGUCGUCUGCAUCUCCAGAAAUGACAAAUGUGUUUUUUUCUUUUUUUGUAACAGUGCCUCUCCGGCUGCCUCGGCCAGUACACUACACAAAUACAAAGCUAGCUCCCAGGGUAUCUGCUGGCCACGUGAGGCCAGUCACUGUCGUCUCAGUGGAGCUGCAGCGCCGUGCUUCGUUUCUCUCAGCGUUUUUUCGUGAGUCGCCGUCGCAGUUUCUCUCCUUGGCAAGGGAACCAUGUAGCUCAAAGCCGACAAGCACCAACGGUACAGCGUUUACUGACGUCCAUGUUGUCAGUCAUACUACGUUAUUAUUGUGAACUGUAAUAUUUAGCAGGAGAAAGCAGCAGGAACGGUAUCUGAUCUCUGAGCGUGUGCUGAAGCUACUGUUUGUCCUACAGAUGUGAACAAACCUGAAAACUGGAAAGGAGAAAAGAAAAAUCUGCUCUCUUAACGAAUCUGUUAACGUGCGUCCAUUCUAAAGGCUUUAAAAUAGAAUAAAUGAUAUAAAUAAAACAGAGACCACCUUUUAACAGUAAUUCAGUUCCUGGGUGUUUGGUGCCCUCUAGUGGACAGAGAGAUGAUUGUGUGAAGGCCGGUGAAUGUCUCUGUUGCUCAGACCUGCUGGACUCAAUGAAAUCGUGGGAUUAUUUAAACUUAAUCACUGCACUGAGUUUAGAUCUUUAGUUUCCCAAAGAUGUACCCGAGCUUAAGAUGAGCCGCCAUCUUUGAUUCCCUCUGCAGACCGUGUGAUUAAAUCCAAUUCUAAACUUUAGCUCCACACAAACAUUCAGUGUUUGGCUCAGACCAGGUUUUAACUCGGGGCUCAUGUCGUAUUGUAAUGAUCUGAUAUAUUUGCUCUCCUGUUGAAUCAAAGAUUGAAGAAAUGAAAAGAGGCGCGUUAACUUUGCCAUUUUCUGUGUUUAAAAAAAAAUUAGAUGAAUUAAGUGAAUAAAUAAAAUCUGUGCCAUAUUAUUUAAAAGUAAUUUUAGGGAGUAUUUUUUUGUGAGGGAGGUUAGAAGUCCAAUAAAGUUACUGUAUUUUAUAUUCUAAUCCGUAUGAAUUCAUUUUUAAUCUUUUUUCAAAGUUUGCAAAUAAAACAUUUCGAUGCAGUGAAUUCAUUUUAAAAGUUAAUCACUUUUGGCCAAGUUUAACUUUCUACUUUCUUCUUCUUCUGCCGGGUUAAGAUUUCUCCCGCGGUAACGGCGGCGACUAAUUUUAGUAUUAAUCGUGACUUAGUACCUCAAAUGACGUAUUCAUUAUAAGGGAUCCUCGUGUAAAUAUUGACAAACAAAGCGUAUUAUAGAGCUCACACAUAGUUAGAAGCAUAUUUAUGAACUAACCCUCCACAUUGUAGGUAAAAAGAAAAAAUAAAGACUUUAAGCUACACAAAAAAAAAACUAAACGUUGGAUUUGUCUCGCGGUGCCUGAACAGUAUUAUUCUCAUGGAGCAGGGUUGAGUUCAGAUUAUACUAUGUGUGUGUGUGUGUGUGUGGGUGUGGGGGGGUUAUUGCAAUGUAUUAUUUUCCAUUAAGAGGACUGCACAAUGAAGUAGAUUUAAAAGCUGACCUGAUGCGACCCUAAACAUCCUCCUAUCUGUCUGUAAUGAUUCUCUUUCCUUCUGCUCCGUAAUCGCUGAAAAGAAACUCCAGCGAUAAUGGGAAAGCCCAAAAAAUAUCCUGAGUUUUAUUUAUUCAACUUUUAUCCCGUUCACCAGAUGCACAGAUGUUCUUCUGAUCCUCCAAACAUCUGGGAGAAUGAGUGAGUUAAACUGGUGAAAGCUGCAGAAGCGUUCACUUGAGGAAAAGAAAAUGUUUGCCCUCUUUUUUCUGAAUUCACUAGUUUAUUAUCUCAGAAUUUCAAGAGAAACCGUUUUCUGAAUUAACACGAUUGUCUUUUCAUUUGUUUAUAUAGUUGCUCUCCUGUUGAUGACGGAGGAUUUGAAUGAAAUCUGUUGCAAAUUGUUAAAUAAAACUCUAAGGGAGCAUUUUCCUCUGUUGUGAGGGAGGAUGGAAUCUAAUCAAGCUGCUGCAUUUUAUAUUCAAAUCAAACGAAUUCACUUUAAUCUUUGAAAGUUUGCUAAUAAAACAAAUCUCUGGCACAUUAUUUAAAAAACAACUCUAAGGAUUAACAAGGAUUUCACUCAAAAGUUUUCAUGAAAAACAAAUUGUCGCCAUAACAAAUGUAAAAUGUUCAUGAAAACUUUAUUGGGAAUUCUGAGAUAGUAAACUCUGUUCCCAUAGUGAUGGGUCAACAUUAGUUUUUUUGUGGAUGAUCCUCUUCCUGUAAUAAGGUAAACUAAACACUUUGCUUUUUACAGGGAAGGUUAGAGAAUCCUCCUGAAACGUCACAUAGAUCGUUGGACAUCUAAACUUAAGGCUGUCUGACUCACUAUACUGUAAAACUACUGCUUUGGAAUCCAGCGUCCUGGAUCAGCACGACUACUGAUGCAGACUUCAGGUCGACUGUGGAACUCGCUUUAACACACGUCUCCUCUCGUCAGCGUUUUGAACUGAAGGUGAAUUUCCUGGACAGAAGCAGAAAGUCGAGCUCUCAGCGCUUCGUGUUCCUCGGGAGCAGAAGUCCGGUGGAUGUUUGUGAACACUUGGUUUACAAACGCCUUGCAUACUUGAUAUUUGUCAUUAAAAAAAAACUGGAAAAAAAGAAAA